AUUCCAAUUUCACCCAGCCAUAGGUUUCUUUCCGUCAAAUCAAAACGUAUUAUGUUUCUCUCAUCAUCAGUUUAUUGUCUUCCUCUCACGAACCACUGCACUCCACCUCUCCCACCGGGCCACCGGCCGCCAGUCUAACUGCCUCGCCGUUUCAGUUCAGAUUUUUUCUUCUUUUCAGGGGAAGUAUUACUCUGCGAAGUGCAAACGGUGUUGCUCGUUUCUUUAAGGGGAACCUAGUUGUUUUCUUCUCAUUUUCGCUUCAUUUGGUAACUGAAACAAACGUGUCGGGAUGUUCACGCCACAGCGGAAAGCAGCGGAGGCAGCACUGUCUCUCGGGCCAAGGCUCAGCGCUGAUAAGGGCAAAGCAGUGGCGUUUCUAGAUGGUCCGCCACCACCAUUGGGUUCAUUGAGCGAGACCCGGGUUAAUAUGAUGUUGGAGUCAGACAUGGGGAAUUUGGAUGAUUGGAGAAGGUUUAAGGAAGUGGGUUUGUUGGACGAGGCAGUUAUGGUGAGGAAAGACCACGAAGCACUUGCUGAGAAAGUCACCAAGCUUGAAUCCCAGCUCUUUGAUUAUCAGUAUAACAUGGGGCUCCUCCUGAUUGAGAAGGAGGACUGGGCUUCAAAGUUUGAAGAACUAAGGCAAGAUUUAGCAGAAACACAUGAGAUGCUGAAGCGUGAACAAUCAGCUCAUUUAAUAGCAUUAUCUGAAGCUGAGAAGCGAGAAGAAAAUGUGAGGAAAGCACUGGGUGCUGAGAAACAGUGUGUUUUUGAGCUUGAAAAGGCUUUGUAUGAAAUGCAUGAUGAGCAGGCUGAAAUCAAGCUUACAUCUGCUUCGAAGUUGGCAGAAGCAGAUGCAUUGGCAAAUGGAAUGGAAGAGAAGUUUUUGGAGAUAGAAAAGAAGUUGCAAGCUGCAGAUGCUAGGCUUGCUGAGGUGAACAGGAAGAGUACAGAGUUGAAGGUAAGGUUAGAAGAGGUGGAGGCUCGGGAAAGUGUGCUUCACAAGGAGCAGCAGACUUUAAGUGCAGAGCGGGAAACACACAAGGCAACUUUUAGUAAACAUCAGGAUGAUUUGCAAGAGUGGGAGAGGAGACUACAAGAAAGGGAAGAGAGGCUCUGCAAAGAUCGGAAGAUCCUCAAGGAGAGAGAGGAAAAGGCAAAUGAAAAUGAGAGAAUACAUAAACGGAUGGAGAUUGAACUUGAAGAAUUAGAAAAGAAAAUUGAGUCGUGUAACUUGGAUAUAAUACAGAAAGAAGAAGAUAUAACGAAACGGCUAGCUGAUUUGUCAUCUAAAGAGAAAGAAGCUGAUUCUUUGAGAAACGUUUUAGAGAUGAAAAGCAAAGAAUUGCAUCAACUAGAAGAAAAGCUAAGUUUACGAGAAAAAAUUGAGGUACAACAGUUACUUGAUGAACACAAAGCUAUUCUUGAUGUGAAAAUGAAGGAGCUUGACGUGGAAAUAGAAGAUAGACGAAAGUCUCUUGACAGAGAGCUAUCUUCCAAGGCAGAUGCAUUAGGAAUGAAGGAAGCUGAAAUAAACCACAGGGAAGAAAAGCUAGAAAAGAGAGAGCAUGCAUUUCAGGAGAAGUCUGGCAGGCUUAAGGAGAAAAACAAGGAAUCAGAAGAGAAAUUGAAAUCUAUAAAGGAGAGGGAAAAGAUAAUGAAAGCUGAGGAGAAAAAGCUGGAGAUGGAGAAGCAGCAAAUGCUUGCAGAUAAAGAGAGUGUACAGAGUCUCUUAGCCGAAGUUGAUAAGAUAAAGGCUGAAAAUAUCCAGCUUGAGCUGCAAAUUUGUAAAGAGAGGGAGAGCCUGAUAGUAACUGACGAAGAGAGGUCGCAACAUGUCCAUUUGCAGUUAGAAUUGAAACAAGAAAUUGAAAAUUAUAGACUUCAGAAUGAGUUGCUUUUAAAGGAAGCUAAUGAUCUAAAACAAGAGAAGGAGAAUUUCGAGAAAGAAUGGGAAGAUUUGGAUGAGAAAAGAUCUAAAAUUAGCAAAGAGCUCAGGGAACUACAUGAGGAGAAGGAAAAUCUGACAAAAUUGCGACACCUGGAGGAGGAGAGAUUGAAUGAAGAGAAACGCGCAAUUCAGGAAUUUAAACAGCGGGAGAUGGAAAACCUUAAACUGGAAAACGAUCGGUUUGCAGCAAAAAUGACGGCUGAGCAAUUAGCAAUAUCUGAGAAAGCUCAAUUUGAGCAGAGACAAAUGGCUCAAGAUUUUGAGUUGCAGAGAAGGAAUCUUGAGACUGACUUGCGAAAGGAGCAGGAAGAAAUGGAGAAGCUCCUUCAUGAAAGGGAGAGAGCAUUUAGGGAUGAAACAGAAAGGGAGCUUAACAACAUUAAGAAACUGAAAGAAGUUGCUCAGAAAGAAAUGGAAGAAGUAAGGUUGGAAAGACAGAGAACCAAAAAGCAAAGAGAGGAGCUAGUGUUGAACAAGGAGCAAUUGAAAGUGAACCAACUUGAAAUACAAAAUGAUAUAGAUCAGCUUGGUAUUCUUAGCAAUAAGAUCAAGUAUCAGCGAGAAGAGCUGAUCAAAGACAGGAAUCAGUUUCUCUCUUUUGUUGACAAGCUCAAGAAUUGCAAGGAUGGUGGAGAUAUAGGAAGGGAAUUUUCACUUUCUGAUUUCCAUGUACCUGAAGUGAAUCAUGGGGACGCUGUUCCUCUUCCGAACUUUGAUGAUGAACUUGUGGAGAAGUCAUCAGAUGGUUUAGAUUUAGAUUUGGGAUCUUCUAUGUCAGGGGCAAGCAUGUCUUGGCUUAAAAAAUGCACAUCAAAGAUUUUUAAGGUUUCACCAAGUAAAAAAUCCGAAAAUGUUGUUGCUCCAGUAUCUGUGGAAUUACCACCAACCGCCCAAGAAGUAAAUGAGCCUAAAGUUCUCGACAAUGAUGGAGGAAGAGGGCCUGGUAUUCCUGAAGAUAGGCAGCCUUACCCUUCUAAAAUUUCUAACUUUGGUGUUCAUACUCAAAAGGUUCAAUUUGGCAAUGUCAUAGAGAUUGAUGAUGGGUAUGCUCCAGAUCAUAGCCAAUUGGACAGUAAGGUGGAUGAAGUUCCAGAAGAUUCUUUGCAAUCAGAAGUGAAGAGUGGUCUUCAAAAAUCUGGUAGGAGACGCAAAUCUGCAUUGCGUAGAACGCGAUCAGUGAAGGCAGUUGUUGAAGAAGCAAAAGCUUUUCUUGGUGAGUCUCUAGAUGAACCUGGAUCAAAUGUAGUAAUGCAGCCUAGUGAUUCUUACAAUACAAAUGAAGAAAGUCGUGGUGAUUCGGGUCAUGCUAUGAAAGGAUAUAGUUACCCUACUAGGAAGCGUCUGCGUGAUCAGGCAUCUAAUAUUUCAGAAAGUGAACAAGAUGCGGGUGAUAGUGAAGCAUGUUCCGGUAGUGUAAGUACUACUGGUCGUCGGGGCAGGAAGAAGCAGCAAUCUGUUGCUUCUGGUUUAGAGACUCCUGGAAAUCGAUACAAUUUCAGACGGCGCAAGAAUGUGGACUCAACCAAUGUUGACCCGAAAAUGACAGAAGAGAAAGAAGCUGUAGGCAGUGGUAUGGUAGAUGUAGCAGCGAAUCCAGAAGUUGUCUCCAUAUCGUCGGACGUAGCCACGAAGAGCACCCAAACCAAACAAGUUGUGCAGGUGAUCACAACGAAAACUGUGGAAUUUGCUGAAGAGAAAGUUGUUCGGUUUAAAACUACAGCAGAUGCUGAUAUAGAUGCUGAGCAAGCAAGAUUGGGUGAAAGUACAGAGAUUGGCAAUGAAGUAAAUGAAACUUUAAAACACGGCGGUGAAGAUGAGAGCAAUGAUGAUUACGAUGAAGACGAGGAGGAGCUGCAUCCUGGUGAAGUUUCAAUGGGGAAAAAGUUAUGGAGUUUCUUCACAACAUGACAGCUCAAACAUUCUGUUUUUUUUUUUUACUGUAUCACCACACAUCUAAAUCUACAAACCUUAAUUUUGACAGGAAGACUUCAUCUUUGGCCGUCAGCUAUAGUUAUUUCUCAACACCCUUUAUUUUUCUCCUGUAAUUUUACGACACUAUUAUCCAUUGAGGAUUUGGGUUGUGUUAUUCUAGUAUUAGAUAGUUGAUAGUCAUUGUACUCCCUUGGUAAUAAUAAACUAUGAUCCUUCCCAUUGUAUUUCAUCGUUUUUGUUAGUCAGGAAUAUCUCCAAUUUUUUUCAUGGUAGAUAGUAUUACAAGUUAUCGAAGUUUUUGUAAUAGCAAACUGUAAUUUACUUUUUCCCACAUUUAUUCAUUUAGAGAACAAAUAGUUUGUUAUUUUUUUUUUUGGUAAA